AUGUCGUCCGCAAACGAAACAUUCUACCUCCGCUACUAUUCCGGUCACUCAGGUCGGUUUGGCCAUGAAUUCCUGGAGUUCGACUUCCGGGCAGUAGGAGAUGGCCGCAGCGCAACGGCCCGAUAUGCGAACAACUCCAACUACAGAAAUGACAGCCUCAUCCGGAAAGAGAUGUGUGUCAGCUCACUCAUCAUCGAUGAGAUUAAGCGCAUCAUCAAGCAGAGCGAGAUCAUGAAGGAAGAUGACGCAAAAUGGCCGACAAAGAACAAGGACGGGAAGCAAGAAUUGGAGAUCAGGGUUGGAAAUGAUCACAUCGCAUUCGAGACGGCGAAGAUUGGCUCUAUCAACGACGUGACCGACUCGGCGGAUCCGGAUGGUCUCAGAGUCUUCUAUUACCUGGUGCAGGACCUCAAGGCAUUGGUGUUUAGUCUGAUCGCACUGCAUUUCAAGAUCAAGCCCAUCUAG